UGCUGUCAUCGUUGUCAAAACCAAAUGUUUACCAUGUCGUUUGUCAUGUCCUUGAACAGUGGAACGUAUCGUUUGGUGAUUGCAUGUGUAUUUGAUUAAAAUUCCCAUUUCUUUCUUUACUAAUUAUAGUUUAAAUAUGUUCGCCAAAGUAGACACCCAGAAAAAUCAGUUUUUAGACAAGGCAAAAGCUGCCCGGGCAGAAAGGGCCCAGGAAACUAUCAGAGCACAAGCAGCCAUAAAAAUACAGGCUGUUGUAAGAAGUUACCUUUGCAGACAAAAAUAUCGCCGAGAAUUAAGACAAGAAGUUGACACAUUUUUACAGAUUCCUGAAAACAAAGAGACAGAAUACAAACCAGACUUGAUUCCAGGUGUUGAAGCAUUCCAGAAAGUGAAAAUAUGUUUGUACCUCAUGAAAGAUUCACAAUAUGAACAGAAGUUUGAAUAUCUCUGUAGAUAUUUACUUGCAUCAAUGGACACUGAUGUUACAAAAAUGUCUUAUGUUUGUGUGGCCUUAGUAAAGGAGCACACAUUGUCAUGGAUACAACAGUUAAAAGAUGUCCUGUGGAAGUGUUGCCUGUGGUUGAAACAGCUCAAGCCUGAAACAUACAGUGAAAUGAAAACUAUCAGCAUGUACUUGCGUGUUUUGAUAACCUUCACAAGUCCAUCUUCCUGGAAGAUUCUUAAAGGAAAAGCAGGUGCUUCCCUUACAGUUGGCAUGACACAGCUCUGUAACAACAUCAUGGGAUAUCUCAACAGCAAGGGCAUUUACAAAGUUUUGCAAUGCCUGCUAACAAAGGGUCUUGCAAGAUCAAAGCCUGUAUUUAGUCGGGCACCUCUGUCAGCUAUUGUAACAAUUGCUUUGAGACCACUAAUUGCAGCUAAUUUUUCCGAUAACUUGUUAACUGUGUUUCUUCUACACAUCCUCUCUGUUCCGGCCAUCAUUCAUCAUGUAGCUUCCACGGCUCAAGAGUGCCUGUCCACUCUGAUCACCCACCGAAUCUUUAAACGAUGUCUUGAUCUCAUGACCAAUGAACAGAGCACAAGAAUAAUCUUUAACUCUCUGGAAGGGAACUAUGCUCUUUGUCUUAUGGCUAAUUUAAUACAGCUUGGAUUUUUCGAGCUUGAAGGUCUAGUUGAGAACACACAAGACUUUAUGUUUGUGAUGAUUCGCCUUCUCGACAGCUGUAAGUUGUAUGUACAAAACAAAAAGUCGAGUCUAACCCACUGGCACCCAGUGUUGGGAUGGUUCUCACAGAAAACGGAUCAGAGUCUCCACGAAGCCAUGCCAUUUGUUGUGAAACAGCUUCAGUUACUGUGGGGAGAGAAGAUGAUUCGCAUCUUGUUUUCUGCCCUCCUGGAAUAUGUGGAAACCAACCAGCAGAAGGAACCUGGCUCACCCAAACAAAGUAUUUUUAGAAAGGCCUUUGAGAAGAAGUCCACCAACCCAAAGAUAAAACUGGAGAGUUGCAUUUCCACAUCGACGUGUUUACCAUGUGCCUUGUACAGGAUGUCUCUGCAAACCCUGUCUCAACUUAGGAUGGAUAUUUUGGGAGGACUUAGCUACAAUGAUAUUCUGUUGCCAAUCCUGUGGAGAUUUCUCACAGACAUGGGACCAAACUGUGGCCUUAAGACUUUCAUGGACCUGCUCGGUCAGACACCCAACUCGACCAUCCACCCCGUGUUCAGUUUGUUAACACUGUUCUGUGAGACUGCUAGUCACCUUAUUACGACACUAGAUGACAUGGAGAUGUAUGAACAGCAGCAAGUGUUUAAGAUGUCGGAUUACAUCAAGAUGAGCGACUUUCUCAACCUAUUUGUCUUCCGGCUUAUUUGGAAUGGCUUGAUGGAUGUGCAGACAGCUGGCACAAGUGAUGUAUUCAGCUCGGCAUGGACACUGUUAAUGCUGUUACAUGAGAGAGAUUCACGGAGGCAGUUCACACCCAAACACCACUGGCUUAUACGAGAUGUGAAAGCCAGCCAGUUUGUUGGGGAACUAGAGAAGGGUAGAAAGACGACGACGUUCCUCAUGCAGCAUGUUCCUCACAUCAUUCCCUUCCAUGAGCGAGUUGUUCUGUUCAGGAAGUACGUUGCGAAGGAGCGUGAUGCUUUAGGUCUCACAGAGGCUGCAUGUACAUCUCCACAGUCUACCCUCAUCUCCAUUCACAGAAGCAGAAUUGUUGAGGAUGGCUACAGACAGCUGGCCCAGCUUCCACCGCGAGCAAUGAAGGGGGUCAUCCGAGUGAAGUUCAUCAAUGAACAGGGCCUGGAUGAAGCUGGAAUAGACCAGGAUGGAGUGUUCAAGGAAUUCUUGGAGGAAACCAUAGCUCGAGUCUUUGAUCCCGCACUCAGCUUGUUCAAGAUAACCAGUGAACAGAAACUCUACCCAUCCUCUACCUCAUACAUACAGGAAAACCAUCUUGCACUAUUUGAGUUUGUUGGCAAAGUCCUUGCCAAGGCUUUAUAUGAGUGUAUUGUUGUCGACAUUCCUUUUGCGCCAUUCUUCCUGACCCAGAUACUUGGUCACCAGCAGAGUUCCACAUACAGUUCCUUGGAUGAACUUCCAUCUCUGGACCCAGAACUGGCCAAAAGUCUCACUUACAUCAAGCAUUAUGAAGGAGACAUCAGUGAACUGGAUUUGACAUUUUCCUGUGAUGAAGACUGUAUGGGCAAACUGGAGACACACGAACUUGUUCCAGGAGGCAAGGCGUUUGCUGUGACAAAUGAAAAUGCAAUUCGCUAUGUUCACUUGAUGGCACACUUCCGCAUGUACCGACAGAUAAGGGACCAGACUCAGGCAUUCAUCCGAGGCUUCAAGUCUGUCAUUAAUCCAGACUGGCUGCAGAUGUUUUCCGCUCCAGAGUUCCAAAAACUGAUAUCUGGUGACAACACCGAUCUUGACAUUGAAGACUUGAGGCGACACACUCAGUAUUAUGGUGGCUAUCACAACAACCAUAAAGUAAUAAACUGGCUAUGGGUCAUUCUGGAGAAAGAUUUCACUUUGAUGGAAAGAAGUCUGUUUUUGAAGUUUGUGACAAGCUGUUCCAAGCCACCUCUUCUUGGAUUUUCCAGUAUGGAACCUCCAUUUUCUAUCCGCUGUGUUGAAGUUAGUGACGAUCAAGACACUGGGGAUACAGUGGGCAGUGUAUUGAAGGGCUUUUUCAACAUCAAGAAAAAAGACGCGGGUGGAAGGCUGCCCACGUCUUCAACUUGUUUCAACCUACUCAAGCUGCCAAAUUACUCGAAGAAAAGUAUUCUCCGAGACAAACUCAGAUACGCGAUUCAUUCUCAUUCUGGAUUUGAAAUAUCUUAACUCUUCUGUGGUCGUGUUAUCCCUAUCAGUCUAAAACUGUUAACAAUAUUUACUGUCACCGGUUGAACCAGAACUGAACCAUUUUCACCAGCUCAGGUGGAUGAACGUUCAAAACCCCAAACCAGUGAUUUUAUUACAGUAUUCAAAAGCCUGGAUGAAAAUUUGACGAAAAUGUUUUUUUUUCAUGGCAACUAUAAGCGAUUUCAGACAGGAACAAUGUCAAAUAAUUUUGUAUUGUUAAAGUGCAUCAAAUACACUUAGUUACCCAGCCCAUCUUUGCUGCAGUUUUGUUAGUACCAUAACUAUUAGGGUAUAUUUUGAUGUCUUGUUAGUACUCUAACAAGAACUGUUAUUAUUGUUUUAACUUCAAAAAUCUAUUUUAUCUUCAGUGUGACAGUUUUAAGAUACUCAGAAAUGACCUUCUAUUGGUCUAGACAUUUUAACCUUCCUCGCACAGCUGAACUAGUGAUGUGACCAACAUGACAAUUCAAUCCCUCCAUCUGACAUGCCAAAGGACUGAACCAGUGUUCAGUUAUAUUUCUACAAACAUUUGUUCCUAGCUCUCGUAGAUGUUGGUAUCUAGUCUUCUUCAGUAUUAGUUGGUUAUACCUGUUUUAGAUAGUCGGAUCAAAACAGAAUCUAAAAUGGUGUAUAUGUUAUAAAUCAAUAUUCAUGCCAAAAUAUGUUAGUUUAACGUUUAAAAUGAGAAGCUAUUAGUGCUACUACUUUUAAGAAAGAAGAAUGAAUACAUUGGUUUACAAUGGUAAUUAAGUGCAAUAAUGUAUAUAAACCAUCAAGUUAUUUAUAAAAUGUUACAAGGCAAGUGGUACAAAUAGUAUAAGGUGUAAAAAAAACAAACAUUGUACGUUUCUAAGAAUCCGGCCCUAUAAUAGAUUUUGUUUUUAAUAUAUCGGUAAAAAAAAAGAGUGAAAAUAUAGUUUUAAAAAAAAGCCUACUAAAAUGUUUUGGGGGCAUUUCCUUAGAAACUAGCAAUGUUUUUUUGUUAGGCCCAAGAAAAGUGUUUCACAUGCCUAGAUUAUUCAUGACAAAACAUCUUGGUAGGAGCAGGACUGCUAAAAGUGACAUGUUAUUUUGUAUAUAUUAGAAGUUGCUAGCAAUUUCAGAACUGUGAUGUAUCGCACAUUGAAAUUUUUACCAAAUAAACAUCCCCAAAAUA